AUGGAGAAAAAUACUGAAGGCAAAUUGAAGCUUCUUGGACAAUUCCACUAUAUUUUCUUUACAGAAAUCAAAGCCACUGAUGAGUCCGAUUUAGCCUUACAGAUUUCACAGUUGCAGGCCUUGGCAGCUGAACUGAAGGUGACAUUCGCAGGCACCUUGCAGGUGCUGACCAGAGUUGAGGACAUUAACAUCUCCCUGGAGGAAAGAGUUCGGACUUGUGGACGGGAGUGGCAAGAACAGCUGAAGCACCUGAAAGAGAAAGUCAUCAUUUUUAAGGAAGAGCUUCAAGGAACGACCACUCAAACCAGGGAACUGAGUAAAAGACAGAAGGAAAUUGGAGCAUAUAUUGAAACUCUACAGCAGAACAAAAUCCACGGCCAAAGAAACAUUGGAUCUACUUCAGCAUCAAACGGAACGUGGUAUUGGGAAUACCAGACAACAGGAGAGAAUUGUCCAGGAGACCAAGCGCAGUACUGUAAAAUGAAUCCUAACCACGAGUGUACACUACACAAACGCUACUCUGUGAGUCUUCCCCACAGCACCUUCCACAAAGUUGUGCACAGUGCAGACGUGGAUGCAAGGCCAAACUCACCUGUCACUGUUUAUCCAAGACAUGAGACUGUAUCCCCAGCACUGAGUGAAGGGUUUGAGGACCACGCUGACACUGAUAGAAUGGACACUUUCGAAGCACUGAACCAAAACAGAUGUGCUCCUCGAGAAAGCGAAUUAGAAACCAACCAUCUUACUACAGAGUUGGACAAGAACAUCCAACACUUGAAGGAAAAAUACCACGACUCUGCUCUGCUCUUUCUGGUCAAGAGGCAGCACACUGUCGUGGAACUGCUGAAGUCAGAGAGACUGUAUGCCUUUUACCUCUCACUCAUUCUGAAGUCCAAUGUUUCCAACAGCGGAAAGGGCAUCACACUCAACGGCAAAAAUCUGAGUGGCGCCCUGCACAGCUCCCUGCGAUUACUCACACAUCUCCACACCACUCUACUGUACACGCUGGAGGAGAGGGUGUGCUGUUGGCAGUGGCAAAGCAUUGUUGGGGAUAUAUUCAUGAAGCUGCUGAACAACCCAGAGGUAAGGGUGAAGCUGGCCUGUUAAAUGUGGUCUCGAUCGCUUGUUAAAUAUGUUCCUUGCUGGACAGCAUCGCCUGUGAUUUAUUAGCAUACAAUUACUUUAGACUUCAGAGAUACAAUGUGGAAACAGGCCCCUCCGCCCUCCACGU